GAAUUUCACAGAUGACGGAAGAAGAGAAGCUAAUUCACCCGAUAGGUGAGGCCAACGAGAAGAGCCCGUUUGGGUCUCUGUUGGAGGAGGAGUUCUACGCACGUCACUCCGUCUCUCACUCCUCCGAAUACAUUACCAACGCCAGGGGCAUGAAACUCUUCACCCAGUCCUGGAUCCCUCUCCCUCCCAAGAAGAUCCUCGGCAUCGUUGCCGUCGUUCACGGCUACACCGGAGAGUCAAGCUGGUUUGUCCAGCUCACCUCCAUCCUCAUCGCCAAGUCCGGUUUCUCCACUUGUGCCAUCGACCACCAAGGUCACGGUUUCUCCGAAGGCCUUCGGAAUCAUAUCCCCCAUAUUAACCCCGUCGUCGACGAUUGCAUCUCCUUUUUCGACUCCUUCCGUUCUCAGCACCCAUCGUCUCUCCCCUCUUUCCUCUACUCCGAAUCUCUAGGCGGAGCCAUCGCACUUCUCAUCCACCUCAGAGGCAAAAACACAAACACCUGCAAGUCUUGGGAUGGCGUCGUGCUUAACGGAGCCAUGUGUGGAGUGAGCGACAAGAUCAAGCCUCCAUGGCCGUUGGAGCAUUUCCUGUCUCUGGCUGCAGCGUUGAUGCCGACGUGGCAGAUAGUCCCCACCAGGGGAACCAUCGUGGAACUGUCGUUUAAGGAGGAGUGGAAGAGGAAAUUAGCGAUGGCAUCUCCUAGGCGAAGCCCAGGGAGACCUCGAGCAGCGACGGCGAAGGAAUUGCUGAGGGUGUCGAGUGAGCUGCAAGGGAAAUUCGAGGAAGUGGAUCUGCCGCUGCUGAUUGUCCAUGGCAAGGACGAUUUGGUGUGCGACCCUGCCUGCGUGGAGGAGUUGUAUCGACGCGCCUCCAGCAAGGACAAGACUCUUCGGAUAUACCCUGACAUGUUGCACCAGAUCGUUGGUGAACCUCAGGAGAACGUUGACUUGGUCUUCGGCGAUGUUGUUGACUGGCUCCGUGACAGGUCCGGCGCCGAACCACAGGUAGCUGCUCCGCCACCAUCACCACCACCACCACCAGUCUCUGCCUAACUAC